AUGGCUUUAAUUCCUUCAGAAACGAAACUAGUAGUACCCUUCGUCUAUCAUGUCAUUUUUACUACAAUAUUUUGUAUCGCUUUGGCUGCUGUAUCUGCGUCGUCGUUUCAGUUCCAAGUUGGUGGUGAGAGAGGUUGGAUCAAGCCUUCUGGAAAUGAGACACUGACUAAUUACGACAAAUGGGCAACAAAUAAUAGAUUCCAUGUUGGAGAUACUCUUUAUUUCAGGUACCGGCCGAAUGACUCAGUAUUGGCAGUGAACUACACAGAUUACAAAAACUGCAUUGUGUUCAAUCCAAUUUCAAAAUUUUCAGAUGGAAAUACACUAUUACGGAUUGAUCGAUACGGGUUUUUCUACUUCAUCAGUGGGCAGCCUGGUCACUGCAAAGCAGGUCAGAAACUUGUUAUCCGUGUAAUGGUGCAGUCCUCCCAAGUUGCAAAGACCCCAAGAACUGCACCUUCACCUAAAGGAAAUAAUGGUGAUUCUGGCGACGAUGAUGGUUGGGAUUAUUUCAACUGGGGGCCGCCUUCGCUGAAUUCUACCAUCAAGCGGUCUAAUAGUACUGCAUCAUGCUUUUUAACUUUUCUUGGGGGCGUGUUGGUUAUUCUCUCUUUGUUCAUCGUGUAGGAUUGAAUUUAUGAUCUAUAUAUAUAGUGACAAUGGUAAUCCUAAUGUAUAGGAGAUUGAUCCUUGUUGUACUUUUCAUAUAUCAGGUUAAUUUAGUGGGAUUGUAGAUUAA